AUGAUCAUUCGAAGCUUUCCGGUGUCUGCUCUUCAUUCAGCAAAGAGACUGGGUAUUCAACGGGUCACGACCUUUCUGCCGGCAGGCACCAUGCCUGUAGUUCCGAGCGGGCCCUGGCAUCGUGCCAAGACCGUUAGUAGAGGCGGCGGAGUCAGUAGCGGCGUUGGUAGUACCGGUGGUGGAAAUGGGGCCCCGAGGGGGCCUGGCAUUGGUGUUGUCGUUGGCGGAAGGGGUGGUGGGAUCAGUCGACGAAACCGUGGUGCGUCCAACUCAAGUAGUGGCCUGUCUCCCGGAGGCCUUGUUCGUCAUGAUGAAAUGCUCGAUGUGCUCCGCCUUCGGGCUUAUACAUUGCAAAUGCUAAAACUAGCAUUUGAUCCGGAUGAGGUUGGCCAUGAGCUUCGGGAAGAGUUGCGAAGUCUCCUCAAAAGCUUGCGAUACCCAGCCACACUUCGGCUUGGUUUCAAUCCAGCUCCGCCUUAUCUUGUUAUAACUGGAAACGGCGGCAGUGGCAGCGAUGGUACCCAAGGUGAACGGGUCUCCGAAGCUGGUAGGCAAAUGAGAAGCAACACUCUGUUAAUUGGGGAGCCAAGCCAGUAUGCCUGGUCCCAACAGCGCCAAUUGUCUGGACAGCAACAGCCUUCGGCCUCUGUGGAGAGUAUGCUGCAGCUCUUACCGAAAAAGCAGAAUUCCUUCAGGUAA